AUGAAACUGAGAACCUGGUUUUUUACUGCUUUUCUCAUCGGCUCUUUCAUGAUGACACUAGGCUAUAUCUUCCGGUUAAUUUCCGCAAGGAAUCCGGAUAGCCUUAUUGACUAUAUAUGCCAGUCUACGUUAAUAAUUCUGCCACCAUCCCUGUAUGCUGCAACCAUCUAUAUGACUUACGGUCGGAUUGUCAUGUUUGUCGGUCAGCCCCAAUCAUCCGUCGUGGAACCCCGAAAGGUGACCAAAAUAUUCGUAUCGGGUGACACUACUGCCUUUCUCCUGCAGCUCAGUGGCGGCGGUAUGCAAACUAUCAGUAGUAUGCGCAACAUUGGAAAAACGAUCCUGAUUGUUGGACUUAUUGUUCAAUUGAUAUUCUUCGGAUUUUUCCUAUACGUUUCUGUUGCCUUCCAACGUCGGUUGCACAGGGCUGGUCUUAACCUAAUCGGUGGUCCUUGGCGUCGUCUUCUCCAUAUUUUGUUCUUUGUAUCCGCGCUGGUCAUCGGGCGAUGUGUAUUCCGCAUCAUUGAAUACAUCGGCGGAACAGACGGAUAUGUAUCCUCGCAUGAGUUUUACAUGUACAUUUUCGAUGCGAUCCCAAUGUUCUUUGUGCAGGCAGUCUUCCACAUUUUCCACCCAGGCAAAAUCCUUGUAGGGAAAGGCCCUGUCGUUGAUGAAUCAUUGGAGCUUCAAGAUGCUUAA